AUGGUGCAGAAAAGUAUGAAUUCAGCUGUUAGAGCUGUGGUCAGAAUGGGAAAAUAUCUAGGCUGUAGUGUUUAUUUCAUUAAAGAGGGCUAUCAAGGAAUGGUAGAUGGAGGUAACAAUAUUCAACUGGCUCACUGGUCUAGUGUUUCCGGCAUCAUGCAAUUGGGAGGUACGGUAAUUGGUAGUGCUAGAUGUAAAGAUUUUCGAGAAAGAGAGGGUCGUGUUAAAGCAGCCCAUAAUCUUAUUAAAAAUAACAUCACUAACCUGGUGGUAAUUGGUGGAGAUGGUAGUUUAACUGGUGCUAACCUGUUCCGACAGGAAUGGUCCAGUUUAUUAGAGGAACUUCAUUCUAGAGGAAUGAUCUCAAUGGAAGAAAGAAUCGGAUGUCAGGAUCUGAAUAUCGCAGGAUUAGUUGGUUCCAUUGACAAUGAUUUCUGUGGAACUGACAUGACUAUUGGUACCGACUCGGCAUUGCAUCGUAUCAUAGAAUCCGUUGACGCCAUUACAACUACUGCUUCAAGUCAUCAGAGAGCUUUUGUUUUAGAAGUUAUGGGUAGACAUUGUGGGUAUUUGGCUCUGGUAGCUUCGUUGGCAUGUGAGGCUGAUUGGGUUUUUAUUCCGGAAUGGCCGCCAGAGGCUGGAUGGCAGGAAACACUUUGUAAAAAACUCAACACGGAAAGAGGUUUGGGUCAAAGGUUAAAUAUAGUAUUGGUUGCCGAGGGUGCCAUAGAUCGUGAAGGAAAUGCCAUUACAGCUAGCAUGGUCAAAGACAUUUUAACCGAGCAGAAAAUAGAUACAAGAAUCACAGUGCUGGGUCACGUACAGAGAGGUGGUAGUCCAUCUGCUUUUGACAGAGUUUUGGGAGCCAGAAUGGGAGCUGAAGCAGUCUUAGCUCUGAUGGAUGCCAAUCCAGAAACGCCGGCAUGUGUCGUUUCCUUGGAGGGAAACCAGACUGUUCGAGUUCCACUUAUGAAAUGUGUCGAGAGGACGCAAGCCGUGCAGCAUGCCAUGAACGAAGGGAAUUUUGAAGAGGCUGUUAGACUCAGAGGAAAGAGUUUCCAGAAUAAUUUAAGUGUUUAUCGUCUGCUCAGUAAAUUGCGACCCCCGUCCUCUGCCUGUAAUGUAGAGGGCACUAGUUGUAAGACAGCACGUAAUGUAGCUGUGAUGAAUAUUGGUGCUCCAGCCUGUGGUAUGAACGCAGCCAUUCGUGCAUUUGUUCGUUUGACUUUAACCAAAGGCUUCAGAGUUUUGGGUAUUCAGGACAGUUUUGAUGGUUUAUUAAAAGGCAGGGUAGCGCCAAUGUCUUGGACUGAGGUUCAUGGUUGGGCAGGAAAAGGAGGUUCUUAUCUUGGCACCAGAAAACAAUUAGCUGAAGAAGCUGGGUUGGGAAAAAUCGCGCACAAACUUCAAGAACAUAAAAUAGAAGGCUUGUGUAUUAUUGGUGGAUUUGAGGCGUUCCACAGUUGUCUACAGAUAGCUCAAGCUCGAGAUAGGUACCCAGCAUUCUGUAUACCUAUAACAGUUGUACCUUGUACUAUUAGUAAUAAUAUCCCUGGUUCGGACUUCUCCUUAGGGGCUGAUACGGCCCUCAAUGAAAUUACUGAUAUUUGUGAUAGAAUUAAACAAUCUGCCACUGGAACCAAACGUCGGGUCUUCAUAGUGGAGACAAUGGGAGGAUUCUGUGGUUACCUAGCAACACUAGCUGGUCUGGCUGGAGGAGCAGACGCAGCCUAUAUAUAUGAAGAAAAACAUGGCAUCUUAGACUUAAAGACGGACGUGUUCCAUAUGAAAGACAAGAUUACAAACGCUGGUGUCCAGAGAGGCCUCAUUCUUCAAAAUGAAUGUGCCAAUGAGAACUACACAUCUGAUUUUAUUUAUCGUUUGUUUUCCGAGGAAGGCAAGGGCGUUUUUACCUGUCGUCUGAAUGUUUUGGGUCACAUGCAACAGGGAGGAGUUCCCACCCCUUACGACAGAAACUACGGAACCAAAAUGGCUGCCAAGGCUGUGAACUGGCUUAUCGAUCAAAUUGAAGCUAACACCAAAGAAGACGGUCGUGUGUUUACUGAUAAUCCAGGUACGGCUACUCUUCUUGGAAUGGCCAAACGAUUCUUAUUAUUCACAUCUGUACAGUCAUUGGCCAUUGCCACUGAUUUCAAUAAGAGAAUUCCCGUAGAUCAAUGGUGGUUGAAACUCCGCCCACUUUUAAGAAUCAUGGCACGCCAUACUGUAUCAAAUAUUCAAAUGGAGGCUGAAGAAACAACACUUGAAGAUAUUGAAGAGCAUCACGAUAAAUACGUUGGUUGAUUUUACACGCUACCAAAGAAAUACAUUGACUGAUUUUACACGCUACCAACAGGGUGAUCGUUGUUAUGGAAACAGUUUUUCGUUUCUUCCCAUUUUUCUGUUGUGUUUGGUUUAACUUGUGAUAUUAACAUAUUAAUAUGUAAACAAACAUUUAUAGCAUUGAAAUCCACGUCCUGAUUUUACACGUUCUGCAAAUAGGGUUGCAUUCUCGUGUUAGUGAUUUUUUCCCCAAAAA